UCCGAGGACCAGGGAGCCAGGCCCGAGAGUUCGGGCCUUUGGCUGGGGCUGAGAUGGAGUCUGCGGCCACUCCGGACACGCUCCUGGCUGGAGCCUGCGUGCUUUUCACCCUCUGCAUGUUUUCUGCCGGCCUCUCGGACCUCCGGCACAUGCAGACCACCCGGAGUGUGAACAAUAUCCAGUUCCUGCCCUUUCUCACCACGGAUGUCAACAACCUAAGCUGGCUGAGUUACGGGCUCCUGAAAGGAGACAAGACGCUCAUCGUGGUGAACGCAGUGGGAGCCUUUCUCCAGACCUUCUAUAUGCUGACCUAUCUCCACUACUGUCCCCGCAAGCGUACCGUCCUCUUGCAAACUGCUGCCCUGCUCGGUGUUCUCCUCCUGGGCUAUAGCUACUUUCAGCUCCUGGUGCCUGAUUGGACCUCUCGGCUGAGGCAGCUGGGCCUCUUCUGUAGCAUCUUCACCAUCAGCAUGUACCUGUCACCCUUGGCUGACCUGGUCAAGAUCAUUCAGACCAAGUCCACUCAAUGUUUGUCUUUCUCCCUCACUGUGGCUACCCUCCUGGCUUCUGCCUCCUGGACUCUCUAUGGCUUCCGCCUCAGAGACCUCUACAUUAUGGUGCCCAACAUACCAGGAGUUCUCACUAGCCUGAUACGCUUGGGACUUUUCUGGCAAUACCGCCAGGUUCAAGAAAAGAGCUACAGCCUUCUUCAGACCUAAGAAUGGUGGUAAUGGGUAUACCAUACCUAUCCUUUCACCUGUCACCUUGGUGCUGACCUGUUGUCAAAGACUCUUCAGCUAUACCUCGUUGCUCAAACUUCUUAGCCACAAUGGGGUGGAGCAGAAGAAGAAGGAGCUUCUUUGAAAGCAGAGGAACCAAAAUUAGGGCUUUUGUUUGGGAGGAAUUUUCAUUUUUAUUUUUUAGAGAGAUUAUUUUUUUAAUGUGGGGUUGGGAUAAUAUUUAGUUCCAUUCUGUGCCUUAUAAUAAACUAUCACAUACAUACCCUUCCUCUGCA